GUGGAGUCCAGAACCAUGUCUUCAUCGGAGAACCGUAACUCUUUGCCCAAGGGCCGUGCGGUUCUGCGCACCAUGCCUGACCGCCUUUUCAUCGCAGAGAUGGUGUUUGGCGGUCUGGUGUGGAUGCUGUUGAUCUCCCCCGGGUCCCACGCGGCUCCUGUGUUGUGCUGGGUGAUCUUCUGCUCCGUCGCCUGCUUCCUGCUCACCAGCGUUUGGCUCGGCCUCUUCUGCUGCGGGGCCAAUGGGAGCAGAAUCUUUCUCAAACUGGAUGCAGUGUUCCAUGUUCUGGCCGCACUGAUGUACCUGAGUGCAGCCAUAUGUUUGGCCAUCAUCACCAAUGCUCUCGGGGCGCACAAGAAGAUGAGCUGGGUCGGGCCCAGUGUUGUGGCCGUGCUCUACAAGUACUUCAUCGCCGCCACGGUAACCACAAACAACAGCCUGCCUACUUUUGACACACACAGACUAAUAACAGCACACAUGUCAGCGUUUUGUUUUUUUGUAUUUUGA